AUGAGGAACAUCUUUAAGAGGAACCAGGAGCCCAUUGUGGCUCCAGCCACCACCACUGCCACGAUGCCAGUCGGGCCUGUUGACAACUCCACUGAGAGCGGGGGUGCCGGGGAGAGCCAGGAGGACAUGGUGGCCAAGCUGAAGGAGAAGUUCUUCAAUGAGAUCAACAAGAUCCCCCUCCCGCCCUGGGCACUAAUCGCCAUUGCUGUGGUCGCCGGCCUCCUGCUCCUCACCUGCUGCUUCUGCAUCUGCAAGAAGUGCUGCUGCAAGAAGAAGAAGAACAAGAAGGAGAAGGGCAAAGGCAUGAAGAAUGCCAUGAACAUGAAGGACAUGAAGGGGGGCCAGGAUGAUGACGACGCGGAGACGGGCCUGACGGAGGGCGAAGGCGAAGGAGAGGAGGAGAAGGAGCCGGAGAACCUGGGCAAACUGCAGUUCUCCCUGGACUAUGAUUUCCAGGCCAAUCAGCUCACCGUGGGCGUUCUGCAGGCUGCUGACCUGCCGGCCCUGGACAUGGGGGGCACUUCAGACCCUUAUGUCAAAGUCUUCCUCCUUCCCGACAAGAAGAAGAAAUACGAGACCAAAGUCCAUCGGAAGACACUGAACCCCGCCUUCAAUGAAACCUUCACCUUCAAGGUGCCAUACCAGGAGCUGGGGGGCAAAACUCUGGUGAUGGCCAUCUACGACUUUGACCGUUUCUCCAAACACGACAUCAUCGGGGAGGUCAAGGUGCCCAUGAACACUGUGGACCUCGGCCAGCCCAUCGAGGAGUGGAGGGACCUGCAAGGCGGCGAGAAGGAGGAGCCAGAGAAGCUGGGCGACAUCUGCACCUCCCUGCGCUACGUGCCCACGGCCGGGAAGCUCACUGUGUGCAUCCUGGAGGCCAAGAACCUCAAGAAGAUGGACGUGGGUGGCCUUUCAGACCCCUACGUGAAGAUCCACCUGAUGCAGAACGGCAAGAGGCUCAAGAAGAAGAAGACGACAGUGAAGAAGAAGACCCUGAACCCGUACUUCAACGAGUCCUUCAGCUUCGAGAUCCCCUUUGAGCAGAUCCAGAAAGUCCAGGUAGUGGUCACUGUGCUGGACUAUGACAAGCUGGGCAAGAAUGAAGCCAUAGGCAAGAUCUUUGUGGGCAGCAACGCCACGGGCACAGAGCUGCGGCACUGGUCCGACAUGCUGGCUAACCCCCGCAGGCCCAUCGCCCAGUGGCACUCACUCAAGCCCGAGGAGGAGGUGGAUGCACUUCUGGGCAAGAACAAGUAGACAGCAGCGCUGGGACCCACGGACACUGACGAGAUCCAGAGCUAUCAAUACCUCAGUUAUGCGACCCUAGAGGUUUUUUUCAUUUGUUUGUGGUUAUGUCCUUGUUUCUCCUUUUUCUCUUUUUAAAGACCAACUUCCCUUUGAUGGCUGUGUGAGGAGAGUCCCCUAGGAGAUGAAAGAGGAGCCUGGCUCUGCUCGUGGUCCCAGGAGCUGCCCUUGCUGCAUGCCCCUUACUCUUUCAAAGCUUCACUUCAGCGUCAUCCUGAGAGAGGCCCUCUACUGGCAGAAAGUUGCAGCACUUCCUGUUUUUCCAGCGUUCUGGACCAACAAAAUGGCAGCACAUCCUGUUCCCUGACAGGGAAGGCAACACAGUGGCCAAUAUCCGUGUGUGUGUGUGUGUGUGUGUGUGUGUGUGUCUUUGAGCAUCUCUCUUCAUUCCUGGAACGAGCCUUAGACAGUGACGUUGUGUGGGAAAAGAAGGCUCUUCGGGAGCCCUGAAAUGAAGAAAGUGCAUGAAGUGGGAGAUCUUCCGUCAGUUUGUGGAGAAGUCUCAAAAUCCUGGUCAGAUGCCAGAAGCUCCCGUACUGCUUGUGGGUAGCUACUUGGGAGGCAGCAAGAUGUGGAGACUGGAUGUGUCCAGAACCAGGACCAAACCCCUGAUGCCACCAUAGACUUCCUCCUGUCCAUCAUGGUUUCUCCAGAAGUAUGGUUUCUGGGACAUUCAUGGAAACGAACUAUUCACCAGAUUGGUCAGACUCUAACAGGGACUGUCAGUCCCAUGUUCUCACUCUUGUUGACAAUGAACAUCAUACUAUGAAGAAACAGAAGUCCCAUUACCCAGAAUGACCAAAAUUAAACUCCUGGAUCUUCACUCCAUCCAGCGGGAAGCGCAGAUGCUUCCUCCCUGUCCAGAAUAUACGCAGUGCAGUUCAUUUACAUUUAUUCCCCAUUGUGCUUUUGCUUCUGUUUCUCUUUUAAUUUAAGUGGAGCAACACUCAGUGAAGACCCGUUAUCUGUACAGAGCCAGAGAACUUUAAAAGGAAGGUUUAAGUGUUCUCAGUUCCCCUGAGGUCCAGGUAAGAGAGGGGUGGUAAGAAGGGGAGGAUGGGGGACAGAUGGCAGAGAUUUCCUGGGAUAGAGGGGAGCAUUAGGAUUCCCCCCAGCUUCCACUCCCUCUGCCCUCCAUGCUGGAGAGCUUUUACGUGGCUAGAGUGGCCCACGGAGGCCUGUGGGGGGGCCCCGUCCUAGCAUUCAUCAGGGAGGCUUCCCUAUAUGAGUGCCAGGAAGCGAAGGCCAUCAUUCCAAAUGGGUGGUGGAGAUCUGCCAGCAUUUCUACCCCAUGCUCAGUUGUGUCCCAUUCCCCAUUUACCGUUUGUCCCCAGCAUCGAUAAAAGCCAUAUAUAUGUUAGUCAGGUUUGCACUGAGUCUUCUUCUAAAUCUUUAGCCUGGAUAAGAGAGUCAGGUCCCCAUGUGGCCAGAGGCCAGCCCUCCGUGCCUCCCUUCCUUGGGCUCUUCCUUUCCAUCCGUGCGGCCCUCAGUCCCUUGCCAUUUCUUCCCCUCAGAAAACUCAUGGCUUCCCCAGCAUCCUGGGGCUCUCUCCUCCCUAGCACAAAUGGCAGCACUUCCUGUCCUGCUCCAUCUGGGCCACAUCAGCUUCCUGUAGGCAU